CGGCUGUCGUAGCGGCGAGUGCAAAGCCCACAUUUCACGGUGCGUGAUUCGUGAUUGUGAUUGCAUUCACUCAUUCGCAAACGUCUGUUUCGGUAUAGACACAAGAGCCCACCUCACCACUGCAGCACAUUUUGCACGCAUACAGCCCCGCCUCGAAGCGCCCCAGCGGUGAUCGAUUGGAUGGUCCUUCGCCUCGCCUCUGCGUUCACACCGCGCUCAUUCUAUCGAGCUACGACCGCUACGCCCUCUGCCAUCUGGUCAAACCCCACUGAUCUCCCCAGUCUCGCAAAGAUGUCCGCAUCCGCUUCUGCCGCGACGACAGCCGACAGGACGGCGCUGAUCGCAGCGAUCGAUGCGCAAGGUUCCAAGGUUCGGUCACUGAAAGAGCAGUCUGCCGAUGCUGGGCUUGUCAAGGCAGAGGUGGACGCGUUGCUGGCUCUGAAGGAGCAGCUAAAGGCUCUGAGCGUCUCCGCUGGCAGCGCGAGCAAGUCUGCCACAGCAGCAACGGGAUCCAAGAUGGUGCUCAAGACGCCCAAAGGUACGCGGGAUUGGGAACCUCUGGCCAUGGCUGUUCGGUCGCAAGUCUUCGAGAGCAUCACGCGCGUCUUUCAAAACCAUGGCGCGGUCACCAUCGACACGCCGGUGUUUGAGAGGAGAGAGAUUCUGGCUGGAAAGUAUGGAGAGGACAGCAAGCUGAUAUACGAUCUGAUGGACCAAGGCGGCGAGCUGUGCAGCCUGAGGUACGACUUGACUGUCCCUUUUGCUCGCUUCGUCGCGAUGAACCCGAUCGAGUAUGGCUCCAUGAAGAGGUAUCACAUUGCAAAGGUGUAUCGAAGGGAUCAGCCCGCCCUGUCCAAGGGACGCUUCCGCGAAUUCUACCAGUGUGACUUUGACAUUUCGGGAUCGUACGAUGCCAUGGUGCCCGAUGCGGAGAUUCUUUUGAUCCUCGUGGAAGCACUCACUGCACUCGACUUGGGCUCCUUCACAGUCAAGAUCAACCAUCGCAAAAUCUUGGACGGAAUCUUUGACGUGUGCGGAGUACCGGCGGACAAGACGAGACAGAUUUCUAGCGCAGUGGAUAAGCUGGACAAGAGCCCCUGGGAAGAGGUCAGGAGGGAAAUGACGGUGGAGAAGGGACUCGAUGGGGAGACUGCUGAUCGGAUCGGAGAGUACGUCAAGCUAAAGGGCGGCAGAGAUCUCAUCACAAAGCUGUUCGGCGAUGCGAGACUGACUUCCAGCGCGAGGGCGGUGGAAGGCCUCAAGGAUAUGGCGACGCUCUACGAUUAUCUGGACAUUUAUGGAAUUUCUGAAAAGAUGAGCUUCGAUCUGAGCCUUGCCCGCGGAUUAGACUACUACACCGGCAUCAUCUACGAGGCGAUCACUGCCGCUUCUGCGCCGCCCUCUUUCGCAGCUGCAAGUGGUGCGGAGGUAUCGGGCGCGCAAGCAGAACAGUCGAAAGCAAAAUCGAAAAAGAAGACGGCACAGGGAGAGGAGGAAGAGAUCGACGAGUCCACGGUAGGCGUGGGCUCCAUCGCUGCUGGUGGACGGUACGACAAUCUCGUUGGCAUGUUCAGCGGCAGCAAGAAGCUCGACUCGGUACCUUGCGUCGGCGUCUCCAUAGGCGUGGAGAGGGUAUUUGCGAUUCUGAUGCAGAGGAUCAAGGAAGCGGAAAGGAAUGGAGAAAAGUCUCGCUUCAGGGCCAAGCCGGUGGAUUGCUUUGUGAUGAGCAUGGGUGGGGAUGGCUUUUUGAAGGAGCGCAUGAAGGUCGCAAAGCUGCUGUGGGAUGCCGGCAUCAAGGCAGAGUUCUUGUACAAGGCGAAGCCCAAACCCGGACCGCAAUUUGCAGCUGCUGAAAAGGAUGGCGUGCCGCUCACGGUCAUCUUGGCACCUGAGGAGUGGGCUUCGCAAGAAGUGAGGGUGAAGGAGCAAAAGGGCAAGGAUAGCGUAGAGGGACAGGGAAAGGGGCAAGUCGUCGGGCUGGACCAGCUGGCUGCGUAUGUCGCUCGUCUCUUGAAAGAGAAUGCGGCCUGAAGUAGACUUUGCUGCUUCGUAAUACCACGCUGUCCUGGUUGCGCGCGCCAGUCGAGUGGUGACCGUCAUUUGUCGAGUGGAUGCAGACUUGAGU